UUCUUUCUGUGCAGACUGUUUAUUCGUUGACGCGCACUCUUUUACUGGACGUGUCGUCUUUUUUUUUUACUUUCUGUUGCCGAAGGAGUUUGUCCAAGUGUACUUGCCAUACUAGCAGCGUUGCAAAUCUGCAUGACGUAGGCACACUCGCUCGACUAAAUCGUUCCUCCCAAAUGAGUGACCGCUCGAUUCUACGGAAGCUUCGACGAACGACGUCAAUCGCUGGCCGACUGGAUCAAAAGCUCGUGAAUGAAAUUUCAGUGGCCGCCGAAGCCUCCCCGGCUAGCUCGUCUUGCUAACCGCGAACAAAGAGACGCCUUCCUAGCAACGCGUCGUCGAGCCGAGAUCAAGCCACCGUCUUCGGUGUCAUGAAAUGAGUGCGAAAGCAAGAGGGGAGCGUGUGGCGGAGUUUGGGGGAGCGAAAAGAGGGAACGACGGACUGGACGCCGUCUUCAAGGAGCCCCGAGUUGUGCUGCACCGAACAGACGUCAAUCGGGAACACUUCAGGAAUCAACUGGAGCAGCAGGAGUGGAGCUCCGAGGCGGCGGCGUCCCGUCACGUCAAAGAGGAGGAGGAGGAGGAGCCGUCAAACAUCAAAGAGGAGCACCCCUGCAUUAAAGAGGAAGACGAGGAGGCUGAUGUCACGUCAUCGCCGUCCCCCUUUGUCAUUGUGAAGGUUGAAGGGGACGCAGAAGAGCGUGAUGGAGACCGCUGGGGCGGAGGAGCUCAAGCAGACGAACUCUUGGCUCCACGCUCGGGGGGCGGCGACACAACGGCACACUCUUUUGACACUGACGAUGACGAUGACGAUGAUGGUGGUGGUGGUGAACACGCCAAAGGUCACGAUGACAACAAACACUUGACUUGCCCUCAGUGUGGCAAGACGUUUGGUACCAAGUACACUUUGAGAGUGCACAUUAUGACGCACACGGGAGAGAGACCCUUUGCCUGCUUAGUUUGCGGUAAACGAUUCUCUGUAAAGGGAGUCCUGAAGAGGCACACAAGAACACACACGGGAGAGAAACCUUUUUCCUGCUCAGUUUGCGGGAAAAGAUUUUCUACAAAGGGACAUUUGAAUAGACACUCGACAACACACAGUGGCGAGAAAACCUUUGCCUGCCCAGUUUGCGCUCAAACGUUCUCUGAAAAGGAAAACUUAAAAAGGCACACGCGGACGCACACUGGAGAGAAACCCUUUUCCUGCUUAGUUUGCGGGCUCAAACUCUCUCAGAAGUCGAAUUUAACAAGCCACAUGAAAACGCAUACUGGAGAGAAACCUUUUGCCUGUUCGGUGUGUGGCAAAAGUUUCUCUUUAAGGACAAGCUUAAUAAGCCACACCAGAACACACACUGGUGAGAAACCUUUUGCAUGUUCCGUUUGUGCUAAAAGGUUUGCCCGUAAGACAUAUUUAAAGUUGCACGUACAAGAGCACAAACUGGAGAGAAAACUCUUGUCCGCGUAGUGCGCACUAAAAGUUCGGAUCUCCCUUGUGCUUCUCCAACAGUGAUAGUGUUGGGUGUCACACAGUAUUUACUCAUUGUGUGGAUAAAUAGAAUUUCCGAUGUCCGUGAUUUAUGUCCAUGUCCGUGAUUGAUCAAAUAAAAGUGCGCUUCCACGUCCUGAUCACACCCCGACGUAGAGGUGAUCGAUUAUUUUUGCUCCGCAUGUUCUCUUUGUCACUGGAUUCUGCAUGACUCCUGCAGCGGAACAAGAACGGAGGACAAUACAUUCCUGUUUGGUGGAACAAAUUCUAGAAUUUAAGAUGUAAUUGUGAGUCAGUUUUAGUGCCUUGCUGGCCCUGACGGUUUAAAAAAGAUGCUGGAGGUUUUACUAAAGCGGACCGAUCUUGCGUUCCGAAAGUUGGCUCGAUUGUUCAAUGGUGGUUACUUUCGGCUCGUCCCUUUUAGGGGUCGCCACCGCGUGUCGAUUCAGAUGAACGCACAUAUAUUAUUUGGCAGAGUUUUUACGCCGGAUCCCCUUCCUGACACAACCCUUCUCAGGGAGCGGACGCCCCAGUGGGGCACUAACCCACGACCCCUGGUUUA